AUGGUUGUAAAUGCGCCAGAUUCACCUACUACAGCAGAAGUUAUCUUUGUAAUAGAGGCAACAUCAGCAAAUAGUGCCUAUAUCAGUGAAUUAAAAACUAAUUAUAUUGUCCCUACAUUAGAGUAUUUUCAUGGUGGAACAUUAGACGAUGGGGUUGGUAGUGGAUCAACAUAUGGAGUAGUUGCUUAUCAAUCAUCUGAUUGCUAUCCCGGCUCUCCGGUGUCAACUUAUGGUCCUUUUACGUGCCCUAAAGAUGUUGUUGACACUGUUGACAAAAUACAAUACAUAGGAGGUCAUGCAGAAAAUAGAGCAUGUUUAACUGAAGCAUUAGCAAUGGCUCUAUCAUGUUUAGAAGAACUUGGGCGUACAGACAUUCCACGACAUAUUAUAUUACUAUGCUGUUCACCCCCUUAUUCUGCAUAUGCUGGUGGCCUGGUUCCCCCUGGCGCUCCAAGCACAGUGGAGGCAGCUGCACGAACAGUGUGUGAACGUGGAGCACAGUUAUCUGUGUUGUCAGCGCGUCGAUUGUCCUCUCUGUUACCGAUCUACGAACACGCUGGAGGGGAUCUUCAUGCUGCCCAGCAACGGAACUAUGCAAAGGAUCCACGUCACCUAGUGCUACUUCGCGGAUACAGUCUCAAGGAACGGCCACCCAGUCCCGCACCGCCGCCCGCCCCAGACAUACAGACUGACGUGUAUGGCCAAGGUCGUGGUGCUGUAGCAGGCCCUCGUGUACCGGCGCCUUUUCCACGUGCAACGAACCCAGCAGUACGUGGAAGUUGGUUAUCUGGUGUGUCAGGAGUGCCUGGUGUAGCGGGACCUCCACGGCAAUCGCUAUACACCAAUAACUCUGCUCUUCUAUCACAGUUGGCCCAGCCAUCUUACCCACCACCGCCGUCACAGCGAAUGGUCCAACCUGGUCCAGUUAACCCUGGAGUCAGCGGUGUGCCAACGUCGACGGGGCCCAAUGUUGGCGUGUCUGGAGUGGCCGGUGUUAGUGGGGUUGGAAACGUGGCUAAUGUAGGGAAUGUUGGCCAAAUGCAGCGGACUUUCAUAUGGAGUGGGGUACUGGAAUGGAUGGAGAAGGGCAAAACGCCCGGUGAUCAACAGAAAGUCACCAAGCAUUUGCCCUGUCAGGUGUCAGCCAACUCGAAGGACAUUGAACCGGAACUGAAGGUGGAUACUUGGCCAAGCAAAUUGCUGAUGCAAUUGAUGCCAAAACAGUUAAUCAGUAAUAUCGGAGGACAGUACCUUAAGGAUAGCAAGUCUGUCUUGUUCCACCUGCAACAAAAUGAAGCAUUAGAUGCCCUCACCAAGGUCAUGGUCAAUGGGUUUGCCGGCUGCGUACACUUCUCCCCGAUGCCGUCUCCUCCACAAUGUGACAUCAAAGUGCUGAUCCUCCUCUACACCCCUGACAAGAAGGCCUACCUUGGCUUCAUACCCAACAACCAGGCUACUUUCGUCGACCGACUUAGGAAGGUUAUCCAGCAGCAGAAGCUUAGCAAGCAGCUGCCAACAGGCGGACCUGCGCCUGCCCUACCACCUGCCACUAUGCCAGGUGGGGCUAUGGGCAGUCCGGGGAUGUCUGGUGGGAUGGGUAUGAACCAGGGACACCCGCCGCAGCACCCACAACAUGCCCAGCAAAGCAUGAUGAUAGGUGGCGGUAUGGGUGGUCAAGUUGGCUCCCAAGUUGGGCAGGUCGGGCAGGUUGGGCAAGUUGGGCAAGGGGCCAAGGGGCCGAGGCCGGUCAGCCAAUUGGAUGGCUUGGAGGCAGCAAGGCAGCAGAACUUGGAGAAAAUACAACAUUUGCAACAAACCUUAGAGGCUGCUCAUCAACAGGAGGCGCAGUUUAAGUCUCAGAUGGACAUAAUGUCUCACUUGCACGCCGCCCAGCAACAGGAGCAACAUUAUAAGCAACUCGAGGAGCAACAACGCAAGCAUCAGCUGCAGCAAUUGCAGCAACUGCGGGGUGCGGCUGGACAUCCGCCGCGACUUAUGCCCAGGGGCAUUAUGCCCACCAACCCUGGGUUGAGGCAUUUAUUACAACAGGUAUCACAAUACACAUAA